CAGUUUUUUAUCAACUUCUUUUUGUUAUUUGUUCUGAACAAUUUGGUGGGUUAAUAGCAUUUCGUAUAAACAUUGAAAGGCCAUCACGCAAUUACAAUCUCCCACCUUUCAAUUUCAGGGUUUUUGUUAAAAUUUGGGGUUAUAUCAGUAAUGGAUAGGCUCAAGGAACCUGCUCGUUUGAUGAUAGUUUCUGAUCUUGAUCAUACAAUGGUUGAUCAUCAUGACCCGGAUAACAUGUCCAUUCUUAGGUUCAAUGCGUUAUGGGAAGCUCAUUAUCGUCACGAUUCUCUGUUAGUUUUUUCGACUGGGAGGUCUCCGACGCUAUACAAAGAACUGAGGAAGGAGAAGCCUAUGCUGACACCAGAUAUAACUAUAAUGUCUGUGGGUACUGAGAUCACUUAUGGUACCAAGAUGGUGCCGGAUAGUGGUUGGGUUGAGGUACUGAAUCAGAAAUGGGAUAGGGAUAUAGUCACUGAGGAGACAAGCAAGUUUCCGGAACUUAAGCUUCAGUCGGAAACAGAGCAGCGGGCACACAAGAUUAGCUUUUAUGUUGAUAAAAGUAAGGCUGAGACGGUAACAAAGGAACUUUCAGAGAUAUUGGCGAAACGGGGGCUGGAUGUUAAAAUAAUUUAUAGUGGAGGAAUGGAUUUGGAUAUACUACCUCAAGGUGCUGGCAAAGGACAGGCUCUUGCAUAUUUGCACAAGAAGUUUAUCGCCAAGGGAAAAUUACCUAUCAACACUCUUGUCUGUGGCGAUUCUGGAAAUGAUGCUGAAUUAUUCACAAUUCCAGAUGUCCAUGGAGUUAUGGUUAGCAAUGCACAAGAAGAAUUGCUGCAGUGGUAUAAUGAAAAUGCCAAAAACAAUCCUAAAAUACUUCAUGCAACUGAGAGAUGUGCAGCUGGAAUCAUACAAGCUAUUGGUCAUUUUGGUCUUGGUCCAAACACUUCUCCCAGGGAUGUAUCGGAUUUUUCAAACCAUGAGCUUGAAAACAUGACUCCUGGUAAAGCAGUUGUGAAUUUUUUCUUGUUCUUUGAGAAGUGGAGGCGUGCAGAAAUUGAGAACUGUGAGAUGUACAUGGCAAGCAUGAAAGCUGAUUGCGAUCCAACUGGUAUCCUUGUUCAUCCCUCUGGUGCUGAACUCUCUCUUCAUGAUGCUAUAAAUGGGAUUAGAAGUCACUAUGGUGACAAACAAGGCAAACCAUAUCGGAUUUGGGUUGAUCGAAUUUUAUCUACAAAAGUUGGUUCAGAUAAUUGGCUUGUGAAAUUCGACCAGUGGGAGUCAAGUGGUGAUGAACAUGAAGGUUGUGUGAACACUGCUGUAAUAAAAGUACAGAAUGCGGAAGCAAUGUAUCUGCACGUGCAUCAGACAUGGUUGGAAGGAGCAGGAGCUAAAGAUCAAUCAACUUGGCUCUUCUGAAUUUUACUCAAAAGAGGAGAUGGUUAUAAGUUUUUCAUUUACAAUAAAAUAUUUUAAUGAUAAUACAUAUUCCAGUUUAGUAAUUUUUACUAUCAUCAACUCUGAAGAAGAAAAUAUGUGCACAUAUAGAGUACACAAGUUGUAUAUUUCAUCUCUUCUUUAAGGCAUGAUUCUAAAUGCAAGUGCAUUUGGGUGAUAAUUGAGUACAUUAAUGAAGACAUGAUUUAUUA